AUGGACGAUAUUUCAGACUCCCAGCUGGAUGCUACCCAAGACGCUACCCAAGAUUCUACCCAAGCCACUCAACCGAUCCUCGACCCUCGCCGGCGUGGGGAGCAACACUCGGGCUUUUCUGACGAGACCCUAGCUGAUAUAAUAUGCAUCCUUAUCCCGUAUACCGCUGCCGCAAGGGAAGUGGUGGCCAAUGCCCCUCCCGAAUUCGUCAUGGGGCAGAAUGAUACACGCCAAAUCCACAUGGACUUCGGCAACGACGACGAACACACGUACGCUCUUCCGGCUACAAACACCUCGGAGCAGCAUCUCGCCUUUCGAUUCUCGUCUAAACUCAAACAACCGCUCGAAGGCUUUGUUUUUGGACGGAAUAUCGCAACGUGUGAUGUCACCGUCGACCAAGAGCUGAAAAGUGUCAGCAACAAGCACUUCAAGAUAUACUUCAACGAGCAUGGCAUUCUCAUGAUUGAAGACAUGUCAUUGAUUGGCACCGGAUCGGUGAUCGAGAUUUACAGUUCCCACGCAAAGAAGAUUGACGCGGAAAGGCGUCGCGAAGACAUUCAAUUCCUGGUUAGGGUUCCAAACCGUCAUGGCAGACACGCUGAGGCCUACAACGAAAACUUGAUCAGAUACUUGCAACGAACAGAGGUGGAAGAGGUGGAUGUGAACAAGACGAUCGUGCCUGGACCAGGGGGGCGGGUUGAUAUUUUCAGAGACUCUCCGCAGAAACCCAGAGCCCCUGUCAUUGUCACGCGUCAGCUGUCGCCAUCAUUCAUGUUUGGGUACGGCGGCGUGAGGACAUGGAAGGGGUCCGACAAGUACAACUUUGUAGGCAAAAUUGGACAGGGUGCCUUCGCUACAGUGUAUAUGAUUGCCGACAGGAUGAAUGGACGUCUGUAUGCCGCCAAAGAGCUCGAAAAACGGAGGUUCAUGAAAAAUGGUGUGCUCGACCAAAAGGUCGAGAAUGAGAUGAAGAUCAUGCAAACAGUUUCUCAUAAAAACAUUGUGCAGUUCAAGGAGCACCUGAAUCCCGAUGAUAAACACCUUUACAUAAUCAUGGAGUUCGUCGCUCAAGGUGACCUGGCAAAGUACAUCGGCGCAGAGGUUUCCUUAUCCGAGCCAGAUACCAAGGAGAUAGCGACGCAGUUGGUGGACGCUCUUGCAUAUCUGCAUGCUAUGAACAUCACUCACCGCGAUGUUAAGCCUGACAAUAUCCUGAUGCAAUCCCGGGAUCCGCUAGUCGUCAAGCUCACAGAUUUUGGGCUUUCCAAAAUGAUCGACGACCACGAGGCAACAUUCCUUCGGACGUUCUGCGGUACGUUGCUCUACUGUGCGCCCGAGGUUUAUGCAGAGUUUGAUGAGUACGACGUAUUUGGCCGGCGACAACGGCGUCCAAGCUACCCGCGUCCACCUCGUCGGAAUCCGCGAUACGAUCAUAAGGUCGAUAUCUGGUCCUUGGGUGGUGUUCUAUACUUCGCCUUGACCACUCAACCACCAUUCCCUGCUACAAAUGGUGUCUCUCACACUGAGUUCCUGCACCAGGUCAUGACAACUGUACCCAACUUCGACCCACUCAUGGACGGGAAUGAGCGCGAGACUGUUUCACCCAAGUGCAUCGACUUCUUGUCGCAGAUGCUCCGUCGGAGGCCUGAAAACCGAGCUAAGGCAAAGGAUUUGCUGAAGCAUGAAUGGCUUUGCACCUCAGAUGUCGCGCUGUCCUGCUCACAAGACGGCGGAGUAGAUGAACAACUGGAAGCUGGAGCGUCUCAGCUGAGUCUGAGAGACGAAUCGGCGGCUACACCAAGAGAAGACGCAGAAGGGGAUGUCACCGUUCCGAGUGAUGGCGACUGGCUUCAAGAAGAGCUGAUCGAUGACGAAGGGCAUGUCAACGACUUCGAGCAUGACAAAGUGAACUAUGUCCACAGACCUGCCACCCAAACCGAGCGUUUUUUCGGUGAAGUUGGCCAGUCGGCGCUGGGGAGCCAGGGGGUUGUGGCCCCAGAACGCUUGAACCUGCCCACUACGCCAACUAUGCCAACAAACGUAGAAACUCCCAAGCGGUUCAGGUCCAAGAUGGAGAUACCGGACAGUCAGGCCAACUCUGACGAUGAGGAAGAAGAGACUCCGAAGCAAAGUUAUCCAAACAUGCAGGGGUCACAGCCGCUUCUGGCUGGUUUACGUUCUUCCGUCUCGUCCCACGCGAGCAGGUCAGCCGACGCGGUGAACGACGUCAACUUGGGGGGCAAUUCGCAAAGUCUGGAAGGUGCUGAGAGCAGAAUGGGCCUACUCGAUAUGAAGUCCCGCCAUGUUACACCGUCGACUGACUCGACGAGAAGCAAACGGAAAUCUUCCUUCGCAACAAACACCAAUUCACGGUCGUCGAUUGAAAACGAGCCCGUAUCUAAGAAGCGUCGAUCUAACAGGAGGAUCAGUUCGAUUCUGAACCGGAAGGAAGCGCCCAUCGAGAACGAAGAUGAGUUGCUCGCCGAGAUGCCCAGGGUCCAAUCUCAUACACUCCAACCACAGGGAAAGUCAAUAUACUGGCACAAUGAGGACUCCUCUACCGCUCAUCUGAACUAUCCUGAGAUGACAAUUGCACAAUGGAAAGCCUUCGAGACGGCGGCUGAGAACAGGAGCAAGAAAUAUGGGAAGAAAGAAAAGUUUACGCCAGGGGAAACCCCAUUGUGGGCUCUGGCCGAGAAAUACUUUCCGCCCAUGAGCAAGAUCCAGGCAGAACAACCUUCUUUAUGGGAAUUGGCAAAGGAGAUGGGCAUUGUGACAGAUAUAUCUCAACCAAUUAUGGGACCGUUACAGAAUGGGGGCGACUUGCAAUCAUUAAACGAGUCCAUACUACCUGGCAUUUCGGUCAAACUAAGCAAGUCGAUAGUCACCUGGGGUAGGUCGCCAGAGAACACCGAAAGCUAUCCCGACGAGCCGAGGAUACCAGAAUGCGCGUUGAAGAUCAUGGUUUGGAGGGAAAAUUUCAAUCCCUCCAAGCACCUUCGGCCCUGGGUUCCUCACUUCGGCGACCACAUGGACUUGUAUUUCUACGUAGCCACCAAGGCACCCGAUGGAAUCUUUGUUAACGGCAAACACUUGGCUUCGAACGAGCCCAAAAACCGAAACAGCAUCUGCAAGAAUUGGAUGCGGCUCUACAACGGCGACAGGAUUAUCGUUCAUGUCGACCCCGACGACGACGGCACUCUCGACGACAAGAUUGAGCUUAUCUUCAACUGCAACUAUGGGGGCAGCAGUGUCAGCCGACAAGACGCUUCUGAACACCACAAAACGCCAGAGCUGGUGAGUACAGAGACAGCCAAUAAGCUGGACACGGCGUGCGUCAAAGCCGAGAAGAACAGCGAGAAGUGUCGUCCCUUCCUGGAGAUGUACCCGCUGGAUACCGCGGAUUGCGAAGAGCGCGAGGCGCGCCUCGAGUGGGAAGUAAAGUUGUCGGAGAACUUUCAGAAGCAGAUUCGAAAGGCCCAGAGGGCCAUGUCGCUGACCGGAAGCUAUUCCUCUUCUAGUGGCUCCUCUUCCGGCUCGCGGCGGUCCCCACAGAUGUCAUGGAUCGGAGGUCGUAUUUGA